AUGAGCCAAAGUGAUAUUUGUGAUGACUUUUUUGAAGAGUCAAGUGAUGAUGUAUCAUUGUCCAGGCGGCAAUAUGCAAAGUACAGUUGGGUAUGGAAGCAUUUUACUUUAAGCAAAGAUGGAAAUUUCUGUAUAUGUUCAGUUGAAAUAGCAGCGUUAAGUGACAAGAAAGUUAAAUGUGGCCAUAAGCUUCUUUACAAUGGUGGUACAGGAAAUAUGAGCAGCCACCUUCAAAUUAAACAUAACUUACAUGAAAAGAAAAAUAAAUAUUGGAAUAAACUGAUAAUGAUUGGCUUGUUUGCUUCACUUUUGGAUCCCCGAUUAAAGACACUAUCUACAUGGGAUGAUGAAACUCAAAAAAAGGCAAAAACUGAAUUAGCAUAUCAAUUUCAAGAGUUAAUUGGUUCAGACUUAGAGCAAGCAGCACCAACAUCCAAUUUGUCAAAUACUUCAAAUAAUAAUUUACAUCAUAAUCGUCUUCACUCAUCAAUAUUUGGCACAUCUGCUACAUUUGACACAACUUCUAAUCCUUUAUCAGAAUUAGAAUACUAUCUGGAUCCGUACGUAUUUGUCACUUUAAUGAUUAGAA